UCACCAGUCAGCCUCGUCGUCACCUGAUCACACACAUACACACACGCACACACAGAGAGAGAGAAACAGUCACGCUCUCAUGUCUGUCCGUCCGCCUGUCCAUCUGUCCGUGAGCAUGUGUGUGGUACAUACCCCGGUUGUAGAGGUGGCGCCAGAAGAUUGGGUGCUGUCUGAGCAGCGCCUGCUGCUGCUGCAUCCAAUUCAGCGCCUGCUGCUGCAUCUCGGCCUGCUGCUGCAUCAUCUGCCGUAUCUGCUGCCGGUGCUGCUGCUGCUGUGCGGCCCGGGCCUCGUGCUGCUGCAGCCAAUACUCUACCAUGGCUGACGUGAGGUAAUGGGUGAGAGGGCGAGGGGGGAGGGAGGGGCGCACACACAGAGAGAGAGACAUACACACACACAUGGACAGGUGGAGAGAUGGCUGUGUUGCGGGGGAUGUGUGUGUAUGUGUGUGUGUGUAUGUGUGUGUGUGUGUGCGAACCUUUGACGUCGGCAGCCUGUGGCUGCUGCUGUGGCUGUGGCUGUGGCUGUGGGUGUGGGUGUGGGUGUAGCUGUGGCGGCGGCUGCUGCUGUGGCUGUGGGUGUGGCUGUUGCGGCGGCUGCUGCUGCCCCCUUCCCCCCGCACCCACGGCACACAGCACCGUCUCGGGCAGCGGCAAGAUAGGGACUCUUCGCGGCUUUGUCGGCAGGGGGUCGGGGGGCUCGUUGGGGCCAAGAGGUCGGGCCUCGAGGUCGCCGUUGCCACCGGUUUCCUCCGCCUCUUCCUGCAUUUGUGGAAUACACCAGAGAUGAAUCAAUGUCUCUCGGUGUCUGUCUGUGAGUGGAGGUGGAAGGGAUUCUUACAUCCUCUCUCUCUUCAUCGACACGCUCUUCCCUCCGCUGCUGCUGCUGCUGCUGAAGAUUGGCGUCCGUCGACCACUUCUUCCCCUCCUCUGUCACACUCGGCCGGGGUGGCGCCGGCGAGAGGGCCCCCGCCGCAGCACUCUCGCCCUCCCCGACCCCUGCCUGCGAUGCCUCCUUCUUGGGUACUGCAGCAGCGAGAGUAUUCCACGUCACUUCUGUCUCCAUGUGAACAAUUGUUGCUUCAAUGUGUGUGCAGCAUCCUACCCGUCCUAGGUGUUUGGCCGUAUUCUUGAAAGUUCCAAGCAGCCAAGCCCUUGUCCUGGGCAGCGUCCCGGCCGUGGCGUGUGAUGGCGGUGGUGGUGGGUAUGGUGGUGCCACCUGCUCUCGUUCGGGCGGCGGGUGCCUCUGCACCUAAGGGAGAUAAGACAGGCAUACACUAAUUCACGUGGGUAUCUAUCUAUUCAUCGUACCAGUCCCAACUUGGCUGUUGUGUUGGGAAAUUGUUGAGGAUGUACUGGUAGGUGCGCGGCCACAGCGUGUCCUGCUGCGUCAGUUCCCGAAAGACAUCAGCGGCCGCCGGUGUGAUGGCCGUUUCCUGGGCGUGUGCCGUCCACAGUUGCAAGGUCAU